AUGAAGAUGCUGCCGACCACCUGGAACGUUAGCCAACAUUUCCUCCAGCAGCUAAUGAAAUGCGCCCCUCACAGGCACAUCUGCGGCCUCUACGGGGCUGCUGCAGCUCUGGCAACCGCCGCCGACCCUCCCCAAUUAGGCUCUGCUCAAAAAAAAAAAAAAGAACUCUUUUGCAGAGACCAAGCCUCCCUCCCGGGCUGUCCGUGUUUUCCGUUUUCCUAUUUUAACGUUUGGGGAGAGUGGCAGGCGACAGAUGGUGGAGGUCAGAUCGAUGUGAUUGCAUUAGAUGACCCCCUCCCCUUCCCCACGCCGUUCUGGAAGCUCCAUCCGCGGAAGGCGAUCGCCGGGGACUCCGCCGUGGACUCAGCCGCACGAGGACCGGGUCCCCUCCCAGGGCUUGUUAACGCCGGACCGGCGCGCACCGGAGGCAAGCGGCUCCCAGCGCCCAGCCUGCCUCGCCGCCCAGCCCAUCGCGGACCCUCCGGCUCCUGCACACCAGCCCAGUCCCGCUGGAAACCUGGAUGUCGAGGGGCUCCUCGCUGCCAGGACUCUCCAUCUAAGCACCUGAGUGGGCUGGCCGAGUCGGAGGGGUGCCCAGCAGAGCGAGGGCAGAGGAAGGCUCUGGGGGGGCAGAAGAAUUGGAACCAGAGCAGCCAUUCGGCUGUGGGCAGGAAGCAGCCGCACAGAGCGCAGCUUUGGAUCCUUCUGGAGGGAAAUCGAGUUAUGGAUUAUGGUCCGGGUCAAGCUCAGCCCAGCCCAGCCCAGCCCAGCCAGGGGCGGGCUCAGCGGCAGCCAGAGUUGUGGCAGCAGCGGAGGUCCCCGCGCCGUGUUCCCUGCCUGCGCCUGCGCCCCGGGGAUGAGUCUCCAACAUCAGCACAUGGGCGAGAGGAAGAGGGAGCCGUCUCUCCUUCCACUUUCAGCUGUGUGGAGGUGGCUCCGAAGGAGGGAGGAGAAAGGGCUGGGGACGAGAAGGCGCCCCCAGGUUCCAGGAGGCUCGGCCAGCACCUCCUGGGACACCACAUCGCCUUCCUCCCCUGCCUCAUGGCUGCUGGUUGCGCACGGGCUGGGAAGACAAUUCCUCAGAAGUCCAAGCUGCAGGGGAAAAUGCGAAGCCCGGUGCUCUCCUUUGAGGCGCUCCCGGACCAGCUCUGA